AUGUUGGAUCGUUUUCGGAGACACCGCGAGGAGCUCGAGAGGCUGCACGAGGAAGAGGAAGAUCAACAGCGGCGGAUCGUUGCUGGGAUGUUGAAGAAGGACGAGAUUUUCUCCCGACGCGAGCUCGUGGAUUUUGCGAAAGGAUUGGGCAUCGACGUCGAUACCGAUGCCGACGGUGGCGGUACGGCGAGGACGAGGAAGAUAAAAGAGAGGGAGAUAGAACGGAAGGAAGGGGAAGAAUUCGGGAGGGACGACGACGGUCAGGAAAACAGGCAAGAUGUUCGAAUUCGUUUCCUGUUGUCAAUGUUUGAAGAACUGCCACGACAACGAUCCAAGACACAGAGGAGUUGGGACCAGAUAGUUGACUGGUCUGGAUCCACCAUCAUCACACCUACAACAUUCCCAAGCCUGGGUCACCAGCGUGAUAUAACAUUCUCGCGUGAUCCAAAGAAGAUUUUCAUUCUCGAUCCUAGUACUGCUGUCGAUGUCUAUUCCGUUCGCUCGGCCCAGUGA